CAGUGAGUUAACAAAGAUAAAGUGUAAUGGUGUGGGCUCGCCCGUACAACUAUAGAUUGUUAAUACAUUCAUUGUAUAUCUGUACAUACAUAAUUGUGUUUGCGAGAUUACCUUGAGUUUGACAGUUGUAGUUUUUAGUUAAGUAACAUUAGUCGUACUUAAAAAUCAAGUGAAUAUAUUGUAAACAAAUCAUUAUAUCGUGGAAUUUGUGUUUUAUAGAAUAUUUAUAGUUAUGUUAGCAAUUUUUCAAUCAUAAUCUGACUGAAGUAUAAUCAUUAAGUUGAAUCUGUUGAUCAGUUCAAGCAUCAAAAUAAUUAAACUGAAGCUUCUAUGAUACAUGCGAUCGAUGCUAGAACCUGCAUAAAUUUUUUUAAUGCGAAUAAUUAGUGAAUAGCAUUAUGAUAUAUCAUAAAGGUGGUACAAAAUGAACGAUUUUUAUAGGUAUUACAUUGAUUUUAUAAUGGAAUACUGUAUUGAAUGAAGAUACUUAAUCAUUCAUUUUUUUUUAAAUAAAUUUUAGUUAAAAUGUUUACAGAUUGUAUUCAAGUAAAAAAAAAGUUAAUGGUUAUAGCUUAAGGCUGUAACCAUAUGUCAUCACAGACUUAGUGUUUGAGUACAUUUGAAGAAAUAAAAGUUUUCAACUAUUUCCGUCAGAAUAUUUAUAUGAGUGAAUUAUCUCACCUUUACAGUCAUUUACAUUCCAUGUAAUACAUCGCAUGGUAUGCACUGUCACUAUGAUUUUUCGAUAUUGCAAAUAUUUAUAAUUACUUAAUAUAAAUAAAUGUUUUACGAAGAAAUAUUUGGACCUCUAAGCGGAAUUGUAUUAAUAGUAUUCGGAAUUAUUACUAUUUUAUCAGUGCUUAUUCUGAUUGUGUGUUUCUCAGUACCAAAAUGUUGCGGAUACGAGCUUUUAAGAAAAAGAAAAAACGAAGAAAAUAAAACAAUUUGUAUGAGCCAAGUCGAACAGCAACAUGGAAAUAUCAAAUUAGGUGAUAUAAGUUAUCGAUCUUGGCGUCUGGGAAGUCUUUACGAUAACGAAAGUAUUUACAGAAAUGGAGAAUCAUUGAGAGAGUCUUUUGGUUCUAACUGUGCAGAAUUAGAAUCGAAAAAAACUUUAUCGUCGUUGAAUUUAGUAAAUUUCAGUAAUCAAAAACAAACAAAGAAAGUAAAAGAAUUUCCAACUGAAUUAACUUUGAGUCUUCAAUUUUUGCCAACGAUUGAUGAGCCUAGGAGUACAGAAGGAAAACUUAUCAUUGGUAUUGAGGCUUUAUUUAAUCUUCCACCUAAGCAAUACAACUGUGCAAUAGAACCUUAUGUCGUUGUUAAGAUCAUUAAGCAGUCUUGGACUAAAAAAGAAAAAACUGUACUUCAUAAUUUUAGAACACGUGGUAUUCGACACACUGUUAAUCCGGUAUAUCGAGAAACGUUUAUUAUCGCAGAUGCUAGUCCAUAUAUUAUGAAGGAUUGGUCUUUAUCGCUAUCGGUUUUUGAUCACGAUAGAUAUGCUAAUCACACUGAAUUGUCAACUCUUCAAAUUCCAUUCAAGAACGUUAACAAAAUAUUCACAAACCCAGAAAAACACAUAUUUAAUUAUAGAAUGAAACGAUCUAAUCAGGAAUUUGGAAAUAUUCUGCUUGCGAUAAAUUAUUUACCAACCGCCGAACGUUUAUCGAUAACUGUUGUGAAGUUACGAAAUUUAAAAUAUUUGCCGACCACUAAUUUAUCAACUAAGUUAAAUUUGUAUGUACGAGUGUUAAUGCUUCAUGGAAAAACUGGCCGUAAAAUUCGUAAAAAAAAAACAAAAGUAUUACAUGCAAUGACGGAAGGUGAAUUUAACGAUACACUGACAUUUGCAUUAUCUCCUUAUCAGUUAGAUACUGUACAAUUUCUUCUGAUUCUUUGCAAUAAAGUAAUAGGUGCUGAAAUACAUAACAGCGAUUGUCACAGUGAUAGUGAAGAUUCAGUUCAUUCUUCCAAUAAAGUUAAGGACUCAUUUAUUGGAAAAGUUGUUCUAGGAAAAGGUGUUCGUGGAAAAACUGAACGACUCCAUUGGUUUUCUGUUCUCCAAAAUCCAAGAAAACUUGUAACUGAAUGGCAUAUCCUAAAAUAAAUGAUUCAUGUAAUGUUAUUUUUUAAAAAUUAAGAGAACGUUCAUAAAAAUAGUUAAACUGAAAUAAAA